GAAAAGGCGGCUUUGUCGUUCAAUACUGGUUAUCUUGAUUUUAGCUAAAAAUUAUCUUUUACCUACAUAAAUUAAUUAUAUCAUAUUCUCCUAUGGCUUGUAUUUAUUAGGUACUUAGUUACUGUUUUAUCUGCUGAAUUUUUGAAGUGGUGACUGGUGAUAUAUGUUGAGGGUUCCUAAUUUCUUUGAAGUGCAAUUUUAGUUACCUAGGUACCUACUUUAAAUAUUUUUUGCAUUAUAUAUUGUGCAUUCUGCAACUUGCGAUACGAUGGAGGGACAGAAUAUGCAAUUUACUGGAAAAGUGGUUUUAAUUACUGGUGCCAGUUCAGGCAUUGGUGCAGCUACUGCUAAAAUUUUUGCUACAUUGGGGGCCAAUUUGGCUUUAACUGGUAGAAAUGUGGAGAGACUGAAAGAAGUUGCUGCUGAAUGUUCAGAAAAAAACACUCCAUUGUUACUUACUGGCGAACUAACUAAUGAAAAAGAUACCAAAGAUAUAUUAGAUAAAACUAUAGAACAUUUUGGAAAACUAGAUGUGUUGGUUAAUAAUGCAGGCACUCUUGAAACAGGUUCUAUAGAGGCAACAAAUUUGGAACAGUAUGACAGGGUUAUGAAUACAAACGUUAGAUCCAUUUACCAGUUAACAACACUGGCAGUACCUCAUUUAAUAAAAACAAAGGGAAACGUUGUCAAUGUGAGUAGCGUUAAUGGAAUUAGAGCAUUUCCAGGUGUCCUAGCUUAUUGUGUUUCUAAAGCCGCUGUUGAUCAAUUUACUAGAUGUGCAGCCUUAGACUUAGCACCAAAGCAAGUCAGAGUUAAUAGCGUCAAUCCUGGUGUGGUUAUAACUAACCUCCACAAAAGGGGUGGCAUGAAUGAAGAACAGUAUGCGGCAUUUUUGAAGAGAUCCCAAGAAACUCAUGCUCUGGGACGGCCUGGGCAACCAGAGGAAAUUGCGAGAACCAUUGCAUAUUUAGCAAGUGAUAACGCCAGCUUUAUUACAGGGGCAUCUGUACCUGUAGAUGGUGGAAGACAUGCUAUGUGCCCCAGAUAAUAAAUAUGUGUAUUGGAUAAUUUUUUAAAGAGAUGUUUGUAAAAGUAUUCGACAGUACUCAUUGGCUCCUGCAUUCUAUAUAAAAUAAAUCUUUCUAAGCUUAA